AUGCCUGUUCUGAAAGGCCUCUCGAGCAGUGUCAUCGUGAAGUUCAAGGCACAGGCCGUGAUGGGAGGCAUUCCUGUUUUGCGUCUUCUAUCGCAGCAGUGCAGUAAGCAGCAGGAAGAGGCCAGGGUGGUACUGCGUGUCAUAGUGAGCUCACUACGUUACCUCUGCCGCACAGGCCAAGCUCUUCGAGGGCGAGGUAAAGGUGACGGAAAUUUGCUCGAUUUGCUCGAUUUGCUCGAAGAGAGAUCCGAGGAUGUUCCGGCGCUUAAGACAUGGCUGACUAAGAGGGACAAAUGGAUCAGCGGGGACGUGCAGAAUGAACUUAUAGAGAUUAUGGCCCAUACUGUACAACGAGAGAUCGUAAAGGACGUGAAGUCCAGUCCGUUCUACGGCAUCAUCGCUGAUGGCACUACCGACAUAAAUGGUGACGAGCAGUUCACCUUUUGUGUGCGGUGGGUGCCGAGCGAGACGCUUGAAGUUCGAGAAGAGUAUCUAGGCAUGUAUAACGCGCCUGACAGCAGAGCCGACACGUUAUACUCGGAGUGCAGAAAAGAAUUAGGGACUCUGAGCCAAGGUCUCUAUACGUACACUGCAGCAAUCACUGCUUAG